ACAGGGUAGGUCGCUAGUAAAUUCUGUCACCCACCUGCUAUCAGUUUAAAGGAUUUCACACGUAACUGCAGGAUUAGAAUCUGAUCGAGUUGCUGUCCAGGGUGCUGAAUCUUAACUUUAACGGGUUAUCCCACCUCCCCACCUAUUUUAAUACAAUUAUAACAUUUCUUUAUUCUGAAAACACGUUUUUUUUAAACCACUGGUACGUUUGAACGUGAAGUGUACACGUUUUGUAUUCUUAUUUUUGGGAGUUGUAUGAGUUCUUUUGGUAACAGCCUUGAUUACAUUAUGAGAUUUUCAGGGAUUAUUUUCUGAAACCCAACACGUCAUUAAAGUAAGGAAGAGAAAGCGAAUUGCGAGUCUCUCUCGACGCAAUAUGGGACUUGGUACAGCCGGGGUAUGAUAAUUUGAAGAACACUGAAUUGUGAAUACAUACACUGUAUUACACUGCUGGGCUGCAAUGCUACAUCAGCUUUGUCCGUUUCAUGGCUUUGCACUGAGAUGGACGAAGAGCAACCCGCGAUGGAGUAAGUCUAAGCACCAGAGGUUCCCAGUCCCGUCAUUAAACUCACUGCUGUGCUGGUCUCUAUUCGCUGUUCUGUCGCGUCCUUAUUUGGUUCAUGCUGCAGUUUAUAAAGUGGGGGUGGUGGGACCUUGGACGUGUGAUCCACUCUUUUCUAAAGCACGCCCGAGAGAGGCGGCCCAGUUAGCUGUUGAUCGCAUCAACAAAGAUCAUUCAUUAGACCAAGUGGACACUUUUGAUUAUGUUAUACUCAACGAAGACUGCCAAACAUCCAAGGCCUUAACGGGAUUCCUUGGGUACCACAGACAGGUAUCUGGGUUCAUCGGACCCACCAAUCCCGGGUACUGCGACGCCGCUGCCCUUCUGGGUAAAAACUGGAACAAGGCUGUUUUCUCUUGGGCCUGUAUCAAUACUGGGCUGGAUAAUGUGAGGAGCUACCCAACAUUCGCAAGGACCUUGCCCUCGCCAGCAAGAGUUCUCCUCAGCGUCAUGAAACACUUCCGGUGGGCGCACGUUGGCAUUGUCUCCUCUGAGGAGGAUGUUUGGGUGGACACGGCUGGCAAAGUGGCCAGUGCUCUUCGGAACCGUGGGCUCCCUGUCAGCAUCGUCAUCUCCAUUGGCCGAGAUGAUCCAAGCAUCAAGGAAGCACUGCGAAAAGUGAAAAAGGUGGAGAACCUGCGCAUGGUGAUCAUGUGCAUGCACUCGGUGCUGAUCGGGGGACAGGCGCAGGGCAGACUCCUGGAGGCGGCCCACGACCUGCAGAUGAUAGACGGCUCCUUGGUGUUCGUCCCCUACGACACCCUCCUGUACAGCCUCCCCUAUGAGCACGUCCUCUACCCGGCCCUGAGGACCAGCAGCAAACUGCGCGAGGCCUACGACGCAGUGCUCACCAUCACAGUGGAGUCCGAGGAGGCCACCUUCCACCAGGCCUACCAGGAGGCUGUGGACAGAGGGGAGCUGGCAGACCCAGCCAAGCCAGAGCAGGUAUCCCCCUUAUUUGGAACCAUAUACAAUUCUAUCUACUUCCUUGCUCAUGCCCUGAAUAUCAACAGAAGGAAUGGAGGCUGGGUGUCAGGCACCCACAUAGCAGAGUCCUCCCGGAACAUGGAGUUCCCCGGCUUCAACCACAAGAUAAAGACGAAUGGCAGCGGGGCUGGCUUUGUGGACUACGUCAUCCUGGACACUGAUGGGAGGUCCCGGGAGAUCUACCGCACGCACACGGUCAACAUGGAAACCGACAUGGUGCGUUUCCUGGCCCGAAGCAUUCAUUUCCCCCGGGGCGUGUCACCAAAGUCAGAUUCGAGAUGCUGGUUCACUCACGGAAAAAUUUGUACCGGAGGUGUUGAUCCCUUCUUUGCUCUAAUGGUUUGUCUCUCUGUCUUCUUCGCCAUUAUCUGCUUUGUGGGGCUUUCUUAUUUAAUAAGGCGUCGAAUAAACCUAAUUAAACUACUUAGAGGGCCUAACAAAAUUCUGCUUACCUUGGCUGAUGUGACAUUUAUCAAUCCCCAGCUAAGCAUGAAGAAACUGAGUACUGAUACUAGUGAUGGUGCAAAGAGCCUCUCGGAGACAUAUCAAAGCCAGAAGUCCCACGUGAGGUCCAACGCAUCCAGCAUGACUCCCGCCACUUACGAGAACUCAAACGUGGCCAUUUACGAGGGAGAUUGGGUUUGGAUGAAGAAAUUACCCAGUGGAGAUUUUGGAAAAAUAUCACCGGGCACCAGUGUUGUUUUUCAGAUGAUGAAGGACAUGCGCCAUGAGAAUGUGAAUCUUUUCCUGGGUUUUUUCCUCGACUGUGGAGUGUUUGCCAUCGUGACGGAGUUCUGUUCCCGAGGGAGCCUAGAAGACCUUCUCCGGAACGAUGAUGUAAAGCUGGACUGGAUGUUUAAGUCUUCCCUGCUUCUCGACCUCAUCAAGGGUAUGAAGUAUUUUCACCAUCGGGACUUCAUCCACGGGAGGCUGAAAUCCCGGAACUGUGUGGUAGACGGGCGAUUUGUACUGAAAAUAACUGACUAUGGAUACAAUGAGGUGCUGGAGUCUCAGAAGUUCCCAUAUAAAGAACCUGCUGCAGAAGAGUUAUUUUGGACAGCCCCAGAAAUCCUUCGGCUGCCUCAUGCAACGCUGAACAGCUCUUCCAAGGGGGAUGUGUACAGUUUUGCCAUCAUUAUGCAGGAAGUGGUGAUGAGGGGCCCACCAUACUGCAUGCUGGAGCAGUCAACAGAGGAUAUCAUUGUGAGGCUGAAGAAGCCCCCUCCUUUGUGCCGGCCCCUCGUGUCUCCAGACCACGCCCCCAUGGAGUGCAUCCAGCUGAUGAAACAGUGCUGGAACGAGCAGCCAGACAGACGACCCACCUUCGAAGAGAUAUUCAACCAGUUUAAGAACAUUAACAAGGGAAAGAAGACGAACAUCAUCGACUCGAUGCUGCGAAUGCUGGAGCAGUACUCUAGCAACCUGGAGGACCUGAUACGAGAGCGGACAGAGGAGCUGGAGAUAGAGAAGCAGAAGACAGAGAAGCUGCUCACACAGAUGCUACCUCCGUCUGUGGCAGAAGCCCUGAAGAUGGGCUGCACUGUAGAACCAGAGCAUUUCGAAGAGGUCACCUUGUAUUUCAGCGACAUCGUCGGGUUCACCACGAUAUCGGCGAUGAGCGAGCCCAUUGAGGUGGUGGACCUUCUGAACGACCUCUACACAAUAUUUGAUGCUAUAAUAGAGAACCAUGAUGUUUAUAAGGUGGAGACUAUAGGAGAUGCCUACAUGGUGGCGUCCGGCCUGCCCAAGUGCAAUGGGAACCGUCACACAGCAGAGAUCGCCAACAUGUCUCUGGACAUCCUCAGCGCCGUGGGGACCUUCAAGAUGAGACACAUGCCAGACGUACCGGUCCGGAUCCGAAUCGGACUGCACUCGGGGCCUGUGGUUGCAGGAGUGGUAGGCCUCACUAUGCCACGGUACUGUCUGUUUGGAGGCACAGUGAAUACAGCCUCACGCAUGGAGGCCACGGGGAUGCCCUACCGCAUUCAUGUCAGUAGCAGUACUGUUAAAAUUCUAGUGGGCUUAAAAGAAGGAUAUAAGGUAGAGCUAAGAGGAAGAACAGAACUGGAGGGCAAAGGCGUGGAGGAGACUUACUGGCUGAUUGGGAAGGAGGGGUUCAGCAAACCACUGCCCAUUCCUCCAGUGAUCAAAUCAAAGCAAAUGGCUCAUGGCUUGCAGAUGGAGGAAAUAACUGCAUCAAAGCGACGGAAAGCAGAAAUGCAGCUUGCACAGAAGAAUAACUGAGACCUGAGAUGGCGAAGGACUACAAACAGUUGCUUAAAAAUGCAGUAAAGAAAAUAAGUCACGUUCGCCAAGUAGCUCCUACAAUCUAAAGAGGGCCCCGUCAGCAUGUGCCACCACUGAGGACUGUUGCACUGUAACAAACUGUCACACGCCCAGCCUGGUGAGGGAUGGACGAUCUCCAACCGCCCAGUAACAUUAAAGAGGACUGUCUGGAGGGGACCAGGGUUAGCAGCAGCAUCUUGAUUUUAGCUGCCUUUGAUUCUGAAUGCUGUUCUGCUAUGCAAAGCCUACCAAGGAAGACAACCGCAUUUACAACAAGCCUUCGACUGCUUUCAUAGCUUGAACAUCACUUCCCUGUCGCUGAUUUGCAUGUGUCGUGGCAAUACACUGACUUUACCAAAGAAUUAUAGAAUGUAAGUAAAAUGAGAAUAAGGAAGCAUUGACAAUUCAACAUCUCAAGUGAAGAAUGGUCUCUAUUACUCCAUCAGGGGUCUACAGUAAAGAGACAGUACACCCCCUACUGAGACUACCAUCACUUUCUGCAACACCUUAUUUUCCAUGGAGUCCUCCCAUCCAAGUACAAUACUAACCAGGCCCAACCUUGCUUAGUCUCAGAUCUAACGGGUAUAUCUUUUUAUUUAAGGGGUAGCAAGACCCUAAAGGAUGAGCAAGAAGAUUACAGGUCUACCCCCACCUCACUCAUAGUGGGUGCUGUAGUGUAGUGCAUUAAUGGCAACACAUUGUAAAAACAGGAGGAACAAGCAUUGUAAGACAGGUACAGAACACGCAACGUGACCAAUGUCAUCCUCCGCUUCACUUUUAAAAUGUUUUAUCCGCAGCAGUACUAUGUGUGACUUGUAAAUAUAGAGACACUUUGUGUGUUGGAGUUGUCCAUUCCCCAGUUCAUAUCUGCUCUUCUCUCUUGUAAUGAGCUGAGGUAUUGUCGGCCGUUAGGGGCUUACAGGUUUUUUUUAGACAGCACCUUGAUAAAUACAGUCGAAUGUGGUAUUAAAAAUAGCCCAUGCUAAGCGCAACGAGGAUCAAACCUGUCAUUCAGAAUCUGCUGGGGGGGGGGGGCUUCUGUUUUUUCUUCCCAACAAACUGCCCUUGAAAGCAAACAGACCUGCUUCAGAGUGUGAACAUUCGGGAGGCACAGUUCCAUUGCUAAACCUCAGGACACUAUUAAUUCAAGUGACUGUUACAUUGUAUAUAGCCCACUGUUUAUCAAUAGAUCCUGUAUCAUUUGUGAUGCACUGUGAACACUGUAAAAUCACUUAUAGUGUAGAAUUAAUGUAAGUUUGAUUUAUAUGAAGGUGUUUAAAUGAAUUAGGCAUAUGAUAUGUGCCUAAUAUCAGACACUAUGUCACAUACAUUUAUUUCACAGUGUGUUGCGUGUUACAUUGUAAUAUAUGUUAAUCGAUAAUAUACAUGAAUAAAAUGGGCCAUUGCAAAGUAUAUAAAGCAGAAUUUAAAAAAAUGAAAGUGGUCUGUGGCACGUAGAUUGCAUUUGGUGAUAUAUAAAAGUGAAUCUCUCUGUUACCCUUUAUAAAAGUUUGUCACAGUAAAGUUGCAUAUUACUGGUUAUACUAUGAAUUUACCAUAGUUUUCUUGCUUUGCCAUGUUUUCUAAUAUGCUUUACCAUACCUCUCUGGUCUUUACAAUGCUUACCUCUGCUUUACCAUGCUUUCACUUAGCUAUGCUUUUACUAUCAGAAACUUUUAUAAGGGGCAGAAGUAGUGGAGGGCUGACAGUAGGUGUUCGGUUGGCAGGCGCUUCCAUAUCCAAGACAAUACAAAUGAUGCUUCACUAGGAACAAAAGAGAUGACUGUCUCUCUACAGGCCGAUCUAGAGUCUUUGCUGAAGAUUUCCACCCUAAUAUUGCUUCUCUGGAGAAUGAGAGGCAGUAAUAAUUGAGUAAAUGGCACAUUUCCUUCCAGAACAAUACUGGAAGACUCAUCAUGUAGAAAACAAAACAUCCUUGCAGCCCAUGAUUGCCCUGCAUUAUAUAAAGCAACUUUUACAUGCAUGUUUUCAAGGAACCCCUUUCAUACAGGCACAUAAGUUAUACAAAGGAAUAUCCACCGUUUCUCGUCCAGUACAGAAUAUCAGAAGACAACAGCAGCCCCUGGAGGAGAGGUGACGUACACGGUGACCCCAAUACUCCCUGGAUUAUCUGUUCCGUGCAUCACUUAAGAAGGACACGGACAGGGAGGUCACCCUUAACAAGAUUAAAAUUAUCCCAAACUGAUCCGGCAACAGAGAUGGAUUAAUAUGAACCGUGGAAAGAUGCUGUGAUGCAACUUACAAUGCUGUCUGGGAUGACUGGGAUAUCCAUGCGAUGACAUGCACUUCAUUUCACCUGCACUACUAAAUCAUGUGCAGUAGGUCAUAAUUAGUACAACUGAAACACACUCUGUUUUGAUUAAUUUUUUGUCAUUUUUCCAACUUGCUGGAAAAUGAUUAAUUAUGCCAAGGAUUUGGAUCACAUAAUAAAGAAAUUUAGGGUUUUUCCAAUACAAUGCAAGUUUUUCUUAUUGAAUCUUGGUAUACUUUGUGAAAAUGGUUACAGUGGUAUAAAUGUGUGCAGGUUCAUCUAAUGAUCUAGGAUUCAAUUGUAAUUAUUGCAUUGAUUUCUUUGUAUCAGCUUUUAAAACGUACCAAAUACAAUACAAUUCAACGUCAUUGUUAUAUAGCUCCCUUCACACCAUGGCAUCCCAGAGCGCUGUACAGAGUUAAAAACUAAACAAACAACUCAUAUGUACAAUACACCAGCUACAACCAAAUAGGUAUGGAGUCAGAAUGGCCCUAAUCCAUGAAGGACCUUAUAAGUUAAUACAGCAACUUUAAAAUCAAUUCUGUAACUCACUGGUAAUCAAUGUAAGGACCUAAGCACUGGAGUAACACAACUAUGCUGUCUGCAGUUAUUUGGUACUUUUCAAAAGCUGCUAAAUGGUUGCAGCACCAAUGUAAUCACUGGGUAAACCUGAGCAGGGUUAGCGGCUUGUAUCCCUUCAUGUGCACAGUGAGGCUUUAUAUAUAUAUAUAUAUAUUAAACAAACACAAAUCUUUAUUAAAUGUAACAUUUAUCAAGGUCUUUAUGCCAUUGUGCAAUGUGUGUCAUUUUGGUGAGAGGGUAAAUAUAGCGGUAAUUGGCCCUAUUCAAAGAACUGUAACUCAUAAGAUAAAGUUUGAUAUUGAUGAAACUGUUCUAGCCAGCAACAGUGUAAACCAUUAUGAUAAAAAUGUGCUUUAUUAAUAGAAAGUGUUACAGUCCACCCUGCAGCGUCACACAAAUUGUGUUUCUUUACCUUUGCUGUAUGUUUGUAUGGCAGCAAUAUAGUUCUCAACUUAAUCCCAAUUGUUCUGAUAUUUUUAUUCCCACGUCGUGGGAUAUAAAUCACCUGGGGCACACAUUUCUCAACUUUCACUCUGGAGCGUUCCCCAGGAGAAAGAUAAAUACAGUGUUUAGCUGCAAUACAGGGUACAGGAUACAGCAAAGGUACAGUAAUGCAUUUCCUACACUGCAGGGCAUUCUGUAACAGUUCCAAACUUUGUGAACACAAAACCAAUGACAAACUGCUCAGAAGAUUCAAAGUGGUGCCCAGAGUGGCUUGUAACUAGUAUCAUUAAAAGAUUAAAAGAGUACUGAUCAAUGAUUUCAAAAUCAUUUUCUUACUUCUAAUUUGUUAUAUUGUUACUGCCCCACUUUUUAUUGUGUAGAGAGAUGUUUGGUUCUUGGUUUAUUUACGUUCAUUCAGGAAAUGCAAAUGUUUAAAAUACGCUAUAGAUAAACUGCUGCAUCCUGACACCUUUGCUGUAGAUCACAUGAUCUGAUUGCAGCUAGACCAUUGGAGUGACAUUAAACCACACAGGAAGUGAUAAGGUAGCAGGAAGCAGCAGCAGCGUUAUAUUUGAAAUAUCUGCAUAUUCCAUAUUGAAGAGUGAAAUGCAAGCAAAGAAUCAAAAGAUAUUUGGAGUAAAAGGGGGUCAGUGACAAUGUUGUUAAUGCCCCUUAUGGUUGUUUUGCAGUUAUAUUAUGCAUUUACCAUAGUUUACCAUAGUUUGCCAUGUUUUCAAUAUGCUUUACCAUACCUCUCUGUGUGUUACAAUGCUUACUUAUGCUUUCCAAUGAGUUCACUAUGCUUUAUUACACUUUGCUAUGCUUUUACUAUGAGAAAAUUAAUGCAAGGCAAAGGGAGAUUUUCUGAGACAAUUGAAACAAACAGUAUGAAACUUGCUGGAAUUUAUGUUCUGGGUAUAAGUUUUUUUUUUUUUACUGCAAACAUGUUAAAAUUCCUCUGAAAAUAUACAUUUUUCUUUUUCUUUCACAAAAAUGGUUCCAUUUGCUCUGCAGGGCAAAUGUCUUGUUGAAUCUGGAUUAAUGAUUGCUCACUUUUAAAUGUGCAAGGGGUCAGCCUUGUUCUUUGCAAACAGUACCCUCCACUAAACGUGUCUCCAGUAAACAUGUGGGAAAGAUGUAGCUGAUUAUUAGCGACACCCUCAUGUGAGGAACGGUUUUUAGCAUGCCCUGUGUUAGUCUGGAAUUUGAAACACGCAUUGGACACACACACUGCAUUCACAGUAAAAUUUACUGAUGCCUGUAUUAGCUUCAAGACCUAUAAAGGAAAAUCACAAAAGGUGGGGGAAUUGUUACACAUCUAUCAAAAUGUCAUUUUUCUGCUUCGUGCUGUUUAAUGUGUUAAAUGUGUCUGUCAAUGGUAUGUUUAUAUUCAGCCUGACGUGAAAUAUGUAUGUAUGCAACUGGAAAUCUAUAUAAUGUUGUAUCCUAAUAAAACAGA